AUGAUUUCUGAAAGAGUUACUGUGUUAUUCAAAUCAGAAGAGUCACUUAAUGAAUGUGUAUUGCAGGAAGAAUCAUCUUUGAAAUUAACAGAAUGUAUUGAACCAUAUCUUAUUCAAAGAAGAUUCGAAUUAUCCCUAAAAGACAUUACAGAUACUUCACCGAUGAGAUUUACUUGGAAAAAUAAUACUAACUCAUUGUAUGUGAUUGGUCCUCGUCUAAACAAUGGUGCAAAUCUCUACAUUGGUGGUGAUAAGCAACCUUUGGAUUCUAUUGACAAACAAGAUAGCAUAAUUACUCCUACAUAUAGACUCUAUCAUCAAGGAGAAGAUGUGAAGAUAUUGUUCAAUUCGUUUAUCGAGAGACUUGGUUUAGAUAUUAACUUAGAUGAUCUAAUAGAUUGGGAUUGGACAAAUAAACAAUAUGAUAUAGUUCAUGUCAAUUCAACUUUACAGAUUAAUGAAUACACCAUAGUUCCCCCAAAUUCUGCUGUUCCCGCAAUUUCAAAGGAUAGUUCAACGACAGGUCUUACAAUUGAUAAAUUGGAAGUAGGAUUAUUUUACGUAGAUUUAAUUGAAGAAGAAAAUAUAAAUCUUUCUGGGUUAAGAUGUUUGUGGGAAGAAGAAGGAACAGGAAGCAAAACAUCUAAAAUUGAAAAAUGUAUAAAGACAUCAUUAUUAUACAAAUCAGCAUUUGCACCAGUGAAAACAAGCGUAUCCAAUAGUAUCAAUGUAUCUUUAGAAGAACCAAUUGGUUUACAUCCAAAAUUGUUAGUAGACCUUUCGAAUGUAUCACACCAAUCCAAAUAUGAACGUUGCGAAUAUUAUCUAUUUUCACAAUUACCUUUGGAACUGUUUGUGGAUAAAUUUCAGUCAGAACCUGUCUUUGUAUUUGGUGAACACAACUUAGAGUCCCCAGAUUAUAAACUAGCUGACAAUUCUUGGGGUUCAGAAACACUUUUCAGUUUGAAUCGAGAUGAGAUUAACGAAAUAACUUUACAUUCUAGGUAUAUAUCUCCAGAGGAAGGAAAACCUGGUUUGAGAAAAGUCAGUUUUACACCUGAAAUUAUAAUGGCAUGUGAUACUGGAUCAGAUUCAAUUGAUACAAACCCUUUUUAUUCUAAAGGACUUGGUUACGAAUCUUACUUCACAAGAGACACCGUCUUUUAUCCAUUAAAAUCUGAACAUUUGGAAGUUCCAAUACCUUAUCCGAGUUUCGCCAAUUACAAAUACGUUGAAUUAUUCACUUCAUCAGUUAUGGUUGCAUCUAUAAUAUAUUUGCUAUAUAAACUUUUUGGCCCAGUGACAUCCCAUACGAAAUCAAAACCUGUGGAUGAUAAAAAGAAAACCAAUUAA